CGGCGGUCGCCAUGUUUGAUUGAGAUACACCACUGGAGCUGCGAGUUGGAUCCUCAAGAUACGACCGAAUUUGUCCCGUUUCUUUAUGCACUCUUGUAUGGAAACUGCAUGAAAGUUUAGCCGACGUGUCCGUGUGUCGAUUCCAAACGCCACAAUGACUCAAAUACUACCGAUUCGGUUCCAAGAGCACUUACAGCUCACCAACAUUGGCAUCAACCAGGCCAGUGUGAGCUUCAACACUCUGACCAUGGAGAGUGACAAGUUCAUCUGCGUGCGCGAGAAGGUGGGCGACACAGCCCAAGUGGUCAUCAUCGAUAUGCACGACCCCACCAACCCCAUUCGCAGACCCAUCUCCGCAGACUCUGCCAUCAUGAAUCCAGCGUCCAAAGUCAUUGCCUUAAAAGGCAAGGCCGGGGCCGAGGCUCAAAAAACGCUGCAAAUUUUCAACAUUGAAAUGAAGAGCAAAAUGAAGGCUCACACAAUGACUGAGGACGUCAUUUUCUGGAAGUGGAUCUCACUCAACACUUUAGCGCUCGUAACUGAGACGGCUGUUUUCCAUUGGAGCAUGGAAGGUGACUCCACUCCCCAGAAAAUGUUCGAUCGCCAUUCGAGCCUGAAUGGAUGCCAGAUCAUCAACUAUAGGACAGACGCCAAGCAGCAGUGGCUCCUGCUGAUUGGAAUCUCUGCCCAGCAAAACCGAGUGGUUGGCGCCAUGCAGUUGUACAGUGUAGAGAGAAAGUGCAGUCAGCCCAUUGAGGGCCACGCAGCCUCCUUUGCCCAGUUCAAAAUGGAGGGCAACCCUGAGUUGUCGACGUUGUUCUGCUUUGCUGUGAGAAGCACACAGGGCAGCAAGUUGCACAUCAUCGAAGUCGGCACCCCGCCCACUGGCAAUCAGCCUUUUGUGAAGAAAACUGUUGAUGUUUUCUUCCCACCAGAAGCGCAAAAUGAUUUCCCGGUUGCUAUGCAAGUUAGUCCAAAGUAUGACGUGAUUUACCUUAUCACCAAGUACGGCUACAUCCACAUGUACGACAUUGAGACUGCCACUUGCAUCUACAUGAACAGAAUCAGUGGAGACACUAUUUUUGUGACUGCCCCUCAUGAAGCCACUGGAGGAAUCAUUGGCGUCAACAGAAAGGGCCAAGUUCUCUCUGUGACUGUCGAAGAAGAAAACAUCAUUCCAUACAUCAACACCGUCCUGCAAAAUCCUGAUUUGGCUUUGCGAAUGGCAGUGAGAAACAAUCUGGCCGGAGCUGAAGACUUGUUUGUCCGCAAGUUCAACCUGCUAUUCCAAAAUGGACAGUAUUCUGAAGCAGCCAAGGUUGCCGCCAAUGCCCCUAAAGGAAUUCUUCGAACUCCGCAAACAAUCCAACGAUUCCAGCAAGUUCCAACACCUGCGGGUCAAACAUCUCCACUCCUUCAAUACUUUGGCAUUCUCUUAGAUCAGGGUCAACUGAACAAGUAUGAAAGUCUGGAGUUGUGCAGGCCUGUGUUGCAGCAGGGCAGGAAGCAUUUGAUGGAAAAGUGGCUAAAGGAGGACAAACUCGAGUGCUCAGAAGAGCUGGGCGAUCUCGUGAAACAGGCUGAUCCGACACUGGCCCUUUCUGUCUACCUGAGGGCCAAUGUACCUAACAAAGUCAUUCAGUGCUUCUCUGAAACUGGACAGUACCAGAAGAUUGUACUGUACGCCAAGAAGGUUGGCUACACACCCGACUACAUUUUCCUCCUGAGGAAUGUGAUGCGCGUCAAUGCUGACCAAGGAGUUCAGUUUGCACAGAUGCUGGUCCAAGAUGAUGAACCCUUGGCAGAUAUCAACCAGAUUGUGGAUAUUUUCAUGGAGCAGAAUAUGGUGCAGCAAUGCACUGCUUUCCUUUUGGACGCCCUGAAGAAUAACAGGCCUUCAGAAGGACCUCUGCAGACGAGGCUCCUGGAAAUGAACCUUAUGUCCGCUGCUCAGGUGGCAGAUGCCAUCUUGGGCAACAAUAUGUUCACCCACUAUGACCGCGCCCACAUCGCUCAACUUUGCGAGAAGGCUGGCUUGUUGCAGCGUGCGCUUGAACAUUACACGGAUUUGUAUGACAUUAAGAGAGCAGUUGUACACACUCAUCUGCUGAAUGCUGAGUGGUUGGUCACCUUCUUUGGCACCCUUUCUGUCGAGGACUCCUUAGAGUGCGUGAAAGCCAUGCUCACGGCUAACAUCCGUCAGAACCUGCAAGUCUGCAUUCAGAUCGCCACCAAGUACCACGAGCAGCUGACAACCAAGGCGCUGAUUGACCUGUUUGAGUCUUUCAAGAGCUACGAAGGGCUUUUUUACUUCCUUGGAUCCAUCGUCAACUUCAGCCAAGACCAGGAAGUGCAUUUCAAAUACAUCCAGGCUGCUUGCAAGACCGGCCAGAUCAAGGAAGUGGAGCGCAUUUGCCGUGAGAGCAACUGCUACAAUGCAGAGCGUGUCAAGAACUUCCUCAAGGAGGCCAAAUUGACUGACCAGCUGCCUCUGAUCAUUGUCUGCGAUCGCUUCGACUUUGUUCAUGAUCUUGUUCUCUACUUGUACCGCAACUCCUUGCAAAAGUACAUUGAGAUCUACGUCCAGAAAGUCAAUCCCUCUCGUCUGCCUGUAGUUGUUGGUGGACUCUUGGAUGUUGACUGCUCCGAGGACAUAAUCAAGAACCUCAUUCUUGUCGUACGAGGCCAGUUCUCCACUGAUGAACUUGUUGAAGAAGUUGAAAAGAGGAAUCGGCUGAAGUUGUUGCUUCCCUGGCUCGAGUCACGUGUCCAUGAAGGUUGCGUUGAGCCAGCAACGCACAAUGCUCUGGCCAAAAUCUACAUUGACAGCAACAAUAAUCCUGAACGGUUCCUGAGAGAGAACCAGUUUUAUGAUAGCCGCGUUGUGGGCAAGUACUGCGAAAAGAGAGACCCACACCUAGCCUGCGUGGCAUAUGAGAGAGGUCAGUGUGACCGAGAACUCAUCAAUGUGUGCAACGAGAACUCUCUUUUCAAGUCUGAGGCAAGAUACCUCGUCAAGCGCCGUGAUCAGGAAUUGUGGGCUGAGGUUUUGAACGAAAGCAAUCCUUUCAAGAGGCCACUCAUUGAUCAGGUGGUGCAAACAGCAUUGUCGGAAACGCAAGAUCCUGAAGACAUUUCAGUCACAGUCAAGGCUUUCAUGACUGCCGAUCUGCCAAACGAGCUUAUAGAGCUUUUGGAGAAGAUAGUCCUUGAUAAUUCAGUCUUUAGCGAUCACAGAAAUCUGCAGAACUUGCUGAUCUUGACCGCAAUCAAAGCAGACCGCACUCGUGUGAUGGAGUACAUAAAUAGGCUGGAUAAUUAUGAUGCCCCAGACAUAGCAAACAUAGCCAUCAACAACCAGCUGUAUGAAGAGGCUUUUGCCAUCUUUAAGAAGUUCGACGUCAACACCUCUGCCAUCCAGGUGCUCAUCGAUCAUGUUUCAAACUUGGACCGCGCCUACGAAUUUGCCGAACGAUGCAACGAACCUGCAGUUUGGAGUCAGCUGGCCAAGGCACAGUUGCAGCAGGGCCUCGUCAAGGAGGCCAUUGACUCUUUCAUCAAAGCUGACGACCCAUCAGCUUUCAUUGAUGUCGUGGAGACAUCACACAGGACGGGCAGCUGGGAAGACCUAGUGCGCUACUUGCAGAUGGCACGGAAGAAGGCAAGAGAGUCUUACAUUGAGUCUGAGUUGAUCUACGCCUACGCUAGGACCAACAGGCUUGCGGACCUCGAGGAGUUCAUCUCUGGCCCUAAUCACGCUGAUAUUCAAAAGAUCGGCGACAGAUGUUUUGAUGAUAAGAUGUAUGAACCGGCCAAACUGCUGUACAAUAAUGUUUCUAAUUUCGCACGGCUAGCAAUUACACUGGUGCAUUUGAAGGAGUACCAAGGUGCUGUUGACUCUGCUCGCAAAGCAAAUAGUACUCGCACAUGGAAAGAAGUUUGCUUCGCAUGUGUAGAGAGUGAAGAGUUUAGGCUGGCACAGAUGUGCGGUUUGCACAUUGUGGUGCACGCCGAUGAGUUGGAGGAGUUGAACAACUUCUACCAGGAGCGUGGCUACUUUGAAGAGCUUAUCAACCUGCUGGAGGCUGCCCUGGGACUUGAGCGCGCUCACAUGGGCAUGUUCACGGAACUUGCAAUCCUCUAUUCAAAGUACAAGCCGGCCAAAAUGCGCGAACAUCUGGAAUUGUUCUGGUCACGCGUCAACAUACCCAAGGUGCUGCGGGCUGCAGAGCACGCACACCUCUGGGCCGAGCUCGUCUUCCUGUAUGACAAGUAUGAGGAGUACGACAAUGCUGUUGUCGCUAUGAUGAGCCACCCGACUGAGGCGUGGCGCGAAGGCCACUUUAAGGACAUCAUCACCAAAGUUGCCAACAUUGAGCUCUACUACAAGGCAAUCCAAUUCUACGUAGACUUCAAGCCGCUGUUGCUCAACGACGUUCUUCUCGUCUUGGCGCCCCGCAUGGACCACACCCGAUCUGUCAACUAUUUCACCAAGGUUGACCACCUGCAGCUGGUGAAGCCCUACCUGCGUUCUGUGCAGAACCUGAACAACAAGGCCAUCAACGAGGCGCUCAACGGCCUGCUCAUUGACGAGGAGGACUACCUGGGCCUGCGGACGUCGAUUGAUGCGUUCGACAACUUUGAUAACAUUGCCCUUGCCCAGCAACUUGAGAAACAUGAACUCACUGAGUUCAGGCGCAUUGCCGCAUACCUUUACAAGGGCAAUAAUAGGUGGAAGCAGUCCGUUGAGCUCUGCAAAAAGGAUAGACUUUUCAAGGACGCAAUGGAAUAUGCAGCUGAGAGCAAAAACGCUGAAGUGGCCGAGGAGUUGCUCAGUUGGUUCCUAGAGAAGGGCAACCACGACUGCUUUGCCGCCUGCCUCUUCCAGUGUUACGACCUGCUCCACCCUGAUGUCAUCCUUGAGCUUGCCUGGCGACACCGAAUCAUGGACUUUGCCAUGCCCUACUUCAUCCAGGUCACCAGAGAGUACACUAGCAAGGUUGAUAAGCUUGAGGCAGCUGAGUCGCAAAGAGCUGAGGACCAUUCCACUCAGGAGAACAAGCCAAUGAUGAUUCCUGAGCCCCAACUUAUGCUAACUGCUGGCCCAGGCAUGAUGGCGCCAGGCUACUCGCCCGGCUAUGGCGCCGCCGGCUACGCUCCAAACAUGCCCUAUCAGGGUUACGGCAUGUAACGAGAGACUAGCCAAGAAGAGAAAAUUAUAUAUAGAAGAAAAAUUAACAAAUGAAGUCUUGAAGAAUUUGAGUCGGUGCGAGCCGAAUCACGUGUACAUAGGGCAAAUGGGGUGGACAACUAAUUAAGAAUUAAUUAAAUGAUCAUGAACGCUGGUAGAGCUCAUUUAAAAUAUUAUUGCUACUGAUCAGCUUCUUGUUUAUCAUAAGAGAAGAAUUGGGUUUCCUCCUUUUUUGUAAUUUUUACUUGUGAUUUUUUACUUCUUGUUUCCACCAAGUGAAGUCUCCAAAUAAAAACAGUAUGCAUGCCAAGGUAGCAAAGAAACAACCAAAAACCAUUGACCGUGUACGUGCUUUUGACUUUCAACUAGUGUGCAAUUCUCUAUCAUUCAUUCAUUCCAUAAUUAAUAUAUAAAUAUAUCUAUUAUGCUUUAUAUCUGAUAAUUAUUCUCUCAUGAUUAUAUGAAUUAAAAGUAAUUAUUGUACAUUGUGCUGGAAGGUGUCAAAAAAUGCUGAUAAUAUUUUUUUGUUUCUUCCAGAGAAAUUAUUAUGAUUGUUUCGUCACAUUGUGUGAUUCGUGCAUCCGUCGUCUUUUGCUCUGGCUUAAAACCAACAUAAUCACAUAAUUAAUGAAUUAAUUCGCCACUGCUGCAGUUGCUCUUACUGUAAUUUAUUUGUUAUCUACUGAUUUGUUUAUGUGGUUGAUGCUUUACAUGAGUAUAGUUAUUGCGAUUUAUUAUCGAUUAAUUAUUCUUCUAUUACAUGAUGAUAUAGCAACAGAACAGUGAUGCAUCCAUUAUUCGUUUGCAUGAAAUAUUUUUUGUUUACAUAACGCUCUUUUUUGUGAGAGAUGAAGAUAUAAAAAAGAAAAAUUAGUGAUGAUGAAAGCGAAGAAAUGUUAUAUGAAAGAAUCAAUUAUUAUAUUGUGAAAAUUAUUAUUGCACUGUACCGAGGUAUCAACCAGUGUCAGAAUAAAGAGAAACGUGACGCAA